AUGUGGGUGUGCGCCUUCCCUGCAUUCACUGCGUUUCUGUAAGGGUUUUAAGAUGGCGACGGUGCAUCUGCGGAUCGGCGAUUUGGUUUGGGGGAAGCUUGGACGGUAUCCACCCUGGCCAGGAAAAGUCGUCAGUCCUCCAAAGGACCUGAAAAAGCCCAGAGGCAAGAAAUGCUUCUUCGUAAAGUUCUUCGGGACCGAGGAUCAUGCCUGGAUAAAAGUCGAACAGCUGAAGCCCUACCACCCCCACAAGGAGGAGAUGAUCAAGAUAAACAAAGGCAAACGCUUCCAGCAGGCAGUGGACGCUGUUGAAGAGUAUCUAAAGAAAGCCAAGGGGAAAGAGCAAGCACAUGCCUCCGAUGACAAAAAUAAAACGGGGAAGGGACAGAAAACAACAGCGAAACCGGUGAAGAUUAUAGAGGAAGAUGAUGAGGACGCAUUUAAGGGCGGUUCUUCGGACAAGGAUCAAACUGACUCUGACCCAGAACCGUCCUCUGUGCAGCGGGUGGUGGCUGGAACAGUUGCAGGAUUCAAAUGGGAGAGCAGUCCGGUAAAGGAUGACCCACAUUUCCAUCACUUUCUGCUCAGCCAGUCUGAGAAGCCAGCCUCUUCGAUGGAGCCGAUCAGCAAACGGUUGAAGAUAAUCGAGGAGGACACUGGCUCCACAUCCAUUCAGGCAGCAGACAGCACAGCAGUCAAUGGCAGCAUCACACCUACAGACAAAAGGAUAGGGUUCCUCGGGCUUGGGCUAAUGGGUAGUGGUAUAGUCUCUAACCUGCUGAAGAUGGGGCAUGUUGUCACCGUGUGGAAUCGCACAGCAGAGAAGUGUGACCUGUUCAUCCAGGAAGGUGCCCGAUUAGGGCGAACGCCAGCAGAGGUUGUGUCCAUGUGUGACAUCACAUUCUCCUGUGUAUCGGACCCAAAAGCUGCCAGAGAUUUGGUUCUGGGUCCCAGCGGUGUUUUGCAGGGAAUCAGACCAGGAAAGUGUUAUGUAGAAAUGUCUACAGUCGAUCCAGAAACCAUUACAGAACUGUCACAGGUCAUCACAUCCAGAGGUGGCCGGUUCCUGGAAGCGCCAGUGUCAGGCAGCCAGCAGCUGUCCAAUGAUGGGAUGUUGGUGAUAGUUGCUGCGGGAGACCGGAGUGUUUACGAAGACUGUAGCAGCUGUUUCCAGGCUAUGGGCAAAACAUCCUUCUUUUUAGGAGAAGCCGGCAACGCUGCGAGGAUGAUGCUGAUUCUCAACAUGGUCCAGGGCAGCUUCAUGGCCACCAUCGCAGAGGGACUGACUCUGGCUCAAGCCACGGGCCAAUCACAACAGACCUUCCUGGAUAUUCUUUGUCAGGGGCAGAUGGCAAGCACAUUUGUGGACCAGAAAUGCCAAAAUAUCCUGCAGGGCAACUUCAAACCAGAUUACUACCUGAAACACAUUCAGAAAGAUUUAAGAUUAGCCAUUUCAAUGGGAGAUUCAGCUAAUCACCCGACACCAAUGGCAGCAGCUGCAAAUGAGGUCUACAAGAGGGCAAAGGCUUUGGACCAGUCAGACAAUGACAUGUCUGCAGUCUACAGAGCUUACAUUCACUAAAUCCCUGAAUAUGUGCUCAAAAUUCUGGACCACAAACCUUUUUCAUUCUCCUUUUCUUUCAUUCUCCUUUUCUCCUUUUUCCUUUGUUUUCCUGCAGUUUUCCUUUGCUGAUGAAUUUCCAUUUAGCAGUGAUCUCUUUUCCCGCGUGUGAUAAUGGGAACUCUUUAGCAGCCUCCUCUGAGCAUUGCACUGACUGUUUUGUGUUUUUUUUUUUUUUUUUUUUCUUGUAUUCGGGCUCCGCGUUUCCUCCGCGUGAGGGAAUUUUAUGAUUAAGGGCAGCAUGUUUCUGCGCACCGGCGUCGUUUGAAGGCGUUUGUUUUAUGUAUCACUCAUAUCUCUGCGUGGUUGUUUAUUUAACUUCCUCCGUCUGACUGUCGUCGUCCAGAAUUCCAAAAAAAAUGCCUGCAGCGAAAAAUGAGCCGUAAAGGCGAAAGGAGCAUGAAGAAAAAGCCACUGCAUUGCCUUAAUAUCAUAACCCACAUAGAUGUAUUUAUUUAUUUUAUCUCUGAAGAUCACCAGACUACACAGUGUUUGGCCCGUCACUAUAUUUGUCAUUUUUUAUUUUGAGGUUCUCCUGUUAAAGAGUCAGCAGUGUUCUGAUGCCUUAUAAAGAAUGCAGUAAUGUGAUUUACUAUUUUUAUUUUUUUUUAAUUGGGCAUAUAUUAAUCAUAUGUCUAAUUCUGAUAAGGUUUCUCAGUCUACUGAAAUGCUUUUCUAGGCUUUGGUUUGUGGUCAUUCUCAGUGAGGUCACUGGUUAUCGGUCACUGCUUUAAGUUCAGAGAUGAGUCGACUAAACUGUGGAUAUGAAGAAAAUCAAAAAAUGUCAUUUAGUUUGAGUUUUAGGCAUUUCGUUCAUUUAUUUGUUUUUGUCAUGGACCUCUAUAAAAAUAACACCAUUUCAUGUUUUUAAAGGCUGUCGAAUCAUGACUUGGUCAAUUUUUUAUUUUUUUUUUUGGCCCUCUUUUGAUUUUGUCUGAGACACUGGUCAGCAUUUUGCAAUAUGAAAACUUCUAAAAUCGAUAAUUUUAACAAGCUUUGUUAUAAUCGUGGAGAACAAGCACGACCAUUUUCUCACUUCAAUACAGAUUUUGCAAUAUUUUAUCCUUAAAUUAUAAUUUUCUUGAUUUUUAAAGUACAUAUUGUACGCAUUUUCAGGCGCCCAGACUCCGGCUGUGGAGGUGCAGCGUUUCCAUUUUAAAACCCGACUCGAAUAAUACAGGGUUAUUCAUUUUCUAAAGAUUAAAUGUCGGAAAGACAUUAAAAGGUGGGUCUUUGUGAUCGUUUUGGACUCUGAGACUGUAGUAAGCUGUAAAUAGCCCCGUCUGUGUGGUUGGGUUACUCAAGGAAUCCAAGACGUAACAUGCUUUCAGUUUGACUCUACUGAAAUUAUUAAUCAUUUGGUGUCUUAAUAUUCUAGGCUGUUCUUUUGUUUUGUGUUAGCUGAUGGAUUUAUUUACUGUAAAUGGAUUGAUUUAUGUGGCUUAUACAGUCCUUCUAAUGACGAUGUAAAAAUGACAAGCUGAUUCCAGUUCGUGAAAGGAAGGUGGUGGAUAAUUGGAAAUAUUUAUAAUUUCUUGUAAAUGUGAAAAUGUUAAGCUUUUUUUUGUGCAGUCAACUGAAUCCUUCCCUGAAUAAACAAACCCAAUGUCCAA